GCGGGGCGCACCGGCUAUGGGCGCACCGGUCAUAUAAAGCCAAAAUGCCCCUACAGUUGUUGCUGGCAUUUGGUGGUGGAGUGCUGUCGCGACCAUAGAGUACACCACCGCUUCUCCGACAUCGACGCCGAUCCGCACAACAUUACGAGGGGUUUCUUUUUUGCGCACAUGGGUUGGCUCAUGUGCCGAAAGCACCCUGACGUUAUUGAGCAAGGUAAACUCGUGGACAUGAGCGAUCUGGCCGCUAACCCCGUGAUUAGUUUACAACGUAAAUUUUACGUGCCUUUAGUGGCGCUAAUAUGGGCCGCAUUUCCCAUAUUUAAUCUGUCGUGGCCGUACGAUAAGACCAUAAAUCCCGUGGAGUGUAAUAUACGGCACUGCGGAGUGCACCGGCUUUGGUGCCACCGGACCUACAAAGCCAAACCAGUCCUCCAAUAUCUGUUGGCCUUUCUAUACGUACUGGCCUUUCAGGACAACAUAUACAAGUGGUCACGUGACCAUCGGGUGCAUCAUAAGUGUGCCGAUACGGACGCCGACCCCUAUAGUAUCAAACGUGGUUUUUUCUUUGCCCACAUUGGUUGGCUAUUGUGCCGUAAACACCCAUCGGUAAUUGCCCAGGGUCACACCAUUGACAUGUCCGAUUUGGACCACGAUCCAUUGGUACAGUUUGAACGCCGCUAUCACGUGCCACUAGCGUUGGUCCUAUGGGGCGCUAUGCCUACGCUAGUACCUUGGUAUUUCUGGGGCGAGAGUUUGUCGGCGGCUUGGUUUAUAUGCGUUAUGUAUAGGUAUACGUAUACAUUGAAUUCAACAUGGUGCAUUAAUAGCGCAGCCCACUAUUGGGGCGACAAGCCUUACGAUAAGCACAUCGAGGCCACAGAAUGCACGAUAAGGCACGUGAUGAUGGGCGAGGGCUUUCACAACUAUCAUCACACUUAUCCAUGGGACUAUUCAAUGAGCGAGUAUGGUCCAAUUGACGCAUUCAACCCUGCUACAAUGUUUAUUGAUUUGUUUGCCCGGUUGGGUUGGGCCUAUGACAUGCGCCGCGCGCCACGGGAUGUGGUUAAGCAGCGUAUGAAACGUACGGGUCAGCCAAAUGUGACCGCCAAAACAAACAGGAAAGUAUAU